AGUGAAGACUUUGGCGCCAUCUUGAGAAGGUCAAAGUGAUUCUUCGAAUAAAUGCCUUACUUAUCGCCUAGUGUGACCUGGCGCUUGGGUUUAGUCUCCCCAGCAACUGCGCCUCAAACGCAAAGAAAACUGCGUGAAAGAUAGAUUUCACCAUUCAAGAGAAAAAUCCAUUUCCCAGAUUCCUCCCCUUAAUGUAAACGUCUGGUACCUAGCAGGCAUUAAAUACACGUGAGUUUUCCGGUUUUAUAAGAUCACAUACUGCAAACCAACAGUAAAUGAUUACAUUAAUACGCAUUUCUUUAGAAAUUCUUAAUUGCUAGGCACUGACAUAUAAAUUGAGUUUGCUGUUGUUUUAGAGAGAAAAAUAGACAUAUAUUCUUUUUUUAAUCAGGACGUGGUAUUCGUUUCCUUCUUAAGCGUCCCAUUUUUGAGGUAGGAAAGUAUUGGUGUGUGUCUCUCUACCUUGCUCCCUCAUUAGCAAGCUUAAUGGGCAGGAAGUAUGUCUGUUUUGCUUUCCGUUGGAUCCCCGGGUUUAGUAGAGCGCCUCGACACAUAAUAGGUACUCGACACAGAUGCUGGCUUCAUGAUGAAGCAAUUGUCCUCGAAUUGAUAUAAAAGGGAAAAUUCAAACUUAGCAAGCCGGUGCCAUUCGUCUAGGGACACACAGCCAGGAAGGAAUCGAACCAGGAUUCUAACCCAGGAUUACCCAAGUUCGAAUUCUAAUUGAACAUAAACCCUUAGCGUUCCAAGAGUUACCUAAGUAACUCCUUGGACGGAGUUACUAAACUGCCCUGAAUCUCAGCUUCCUUAGCUGCAAAAUAGGGUUAGGAAAAGUGGACUCGGUGGUCCUCUGCGCCGCAUUCCCGCAGCGGGCUUUGUGAAAGCGAACUUGAGCCCCACACUGCAGAAGCCUGAGGUCCUCUCUCAACUAGAAUUCAGCAACCAGGACAAGCCCUCCCCCGACUUCAGACCUUCCCUCUCCCGACCCCGCCCGCCCCCGAGAGGCGUGGUCAAGGCGGGGCCAGAAGGCAGACGCGGGCACGGAGCUGUAAGGCGCAGGCGCAAAGCUUCGGUGACGUCAGAGAGGCGCGCUCCCAGCUCGGAGCCGACUCGCAGACGCGUCCCGCCCCUCGGCGUCGCUCUGGACUGGCGCAGGCGCAAGCCGGCAAGAUGGCGGCGGCUGGAGCAGGCCGUCUGAGGCGGGCGGCAUCGGCUCUGCUGCUCCGGAGCCCCCGCCUGCCCGCCCGGGAGCUGUCGGCUCCGGCCCGACUCUAUCACAAGAAGGUAUCUCAAAUCUGUGAAGUAUUGUAGAGGAGACACAAAAGGAAUUGGGGGUCACAAAUGGUUCUCAUUGACAUGAGUGUAGACCUUUCUACUCAGGUUGUUGAUCAUUAUGAAAAUCCUAGAAACGUGGGGUCCCUUGACAAGACAUCUAAAAAUGUUGGAACUGGACUGGUGGGGGCUCCAGCAUGUGGUGACGUAAUGAAAUUACAGAUUCAAGUGGAUGAAAAGGGGAAGAUUGUGGAUGCUAGGUUUAAAACAUUUGGUUGUGGUUCCGCAAUUGCCUCCAGCUCAUUAGCCACCGAAUGGGUGAAAGGAAAGACGGUGGAGGAAGCCUUGACUAUCAAAAACACAGAUAUCGCCAAGGAGCUCUGCCUUCCUCCCGUGAAACUGCACUGCUCCAAAUCUGGGAGAAAACUCAGCUUUCUCCAUAAUCCUGUUUCCUGUGUAUUUCUUCACUUCCUGUCUGGAUGCUAUUCCUGUCGGGUGCUGGCUGAAGAUGCAAUCAAGGCCGCCCUGGCUGAUUACAAAUUGAAACAAGAACCCAAAAAAGGAGAGGCAGAGAAGAAAUGAGCCCUCCCUCGGCGAAGCCUCCAGCAGGCCACACCAGCUGUUUCCCACCUGCCGUGCAGUCACCUUAGAUGUUCAGAAGCCGCUCCCUCUCCACUGAAGAGCUAUGAGAUACGCACAAUACUUGCUGUUCACGUUAUGACUCUCAUGCAAGCAAAAUACACAGUUUCAUUGUUCUGAAUCCUGUGGUUUCUUUCAGCCCACUUUUAUCGCCUUAACCUAGUUAAUGUAUAUUUUGAAUUGUGUGUAUGACCUCAGAACUGAAAUGGAUAAUGAAGUCGCAAGUUUUGAUAGCCCGUGAAGUGCAUAAGUAUCUAAUUUUACCUGAAUUGAUUUGGGAGGAAAUUACCAGUAGAAUGCCUUGGUCUGAAUAUUUGAUAGAACCAAUUGUUGUACAUAAAACAGAUCUGCAUAUAUAUAUAUAUGUAUAAAAAAUAAUAAAAUAAUGGAAGAUGA